AUGAGCAGCGAAAAGGAGGAGAGCGAUGCGCUUGCGGCGGCGCGGCAAGGGGCAGCGGAUAUGAUGCGCCUGUUUGACGAGAACCUCAACGAGAUGAAGCUGGGCAUCUCAGGAACUGGCAAUGGAGGAACAAACGCCGCGCCAGCCUCCACAACCCAGCGCCAUCACCACCAUGACCACAGCAGCGCCGAAGACGAUGGCGAAGACAACGACGACUCCGAGGACGAAGACGACGAGCGCACCCGCAUGAUGAUGGCCCGCCGCAAAGCCGCGUCCAACUCGAAGCGCAUUGGCCUUCCACUCGGAGCCCUCAUGAUGAGCGAUGAAGACGAAGAGGAAGAGGAGGGCGAUGAAGAAGAGGAAGAGGAGGGCGAGGAUGGUGAUGCUGCAAAGGAGGACCUCAACAAGGCAGCCAAUGACGGUGCAAACGGUGGUCACCACCACCACCACCACCACCACCACCUCAACAUUGACAGUGACACUGACAGUGAUGGUGAUGGACACACGGGCGGCUUGUUCAUGGAGCCGCCCACCCCCUUCAAAGACGUAGAUGCACAGCAGCAAGACCAACAACAACAACAACAACAGCAGCAGCAGCAGCAACAACAACAACAACAACAACAACAACAACAACAACAAGGACGUGCGGACAAGAAGGAGGUAGAGGACACAACAAAGACCGAGCCCAAGUCUCCAGCGCCAUCGUCCUUGCUCCGCAGCAAACCCACGCCGCCUCGGACGCUGCCCAAACCGCGGCGGUCCACGCCUUCAUCCGUCACGUCCCCGCCAGCGACGCCGCCAGCCAACCAGCAGCAGGGCGCACGCCAGAACGCAAAAGCAGAACAGACACCAACACAAGCACCACAAGCACCACAGCAGACAAGCAGCGACCAACAUCAAACCUCGGGCUCUAAACAAACGGCCAAGCCACCCAACAACAAGCCGCCUGCAACCAAGUCACAAGCCAGCAAAGCACAAGCAACCAAGUCUCCCAUCAACAAGCCUACAACAAAGACACAAGCAGCCAACCCCACACCAAGGCCUGUCUCCAAGCCUGCAAGCAAGGGGCGCGCACUUGCUGGCGGCAGCGGGUGGAAUCCGUUUGCAGACCUGAGCGAGGAAGAUGCUGCGGCGGAGGCCAAGCGAAACCGGCGGCUGAGUGCGCGGGAGGCAGAGCAGCUGGAGCAGGCGCGGCAGCGGGCGUUUGAGGCGUCACUGCAGUUUGAACGCACGGUGUCGCGGGACAAGGCGCGCGAGCGGAUCGAGCGGGAGGAAGCCAAGCGGCGGGCGGAGGCUGAACGGCGGCGGAAGAGGCAGGAGGCAGCGAGGCAGCGACGUAUGGUGGAGGAGGAAGAGAGGAGAAGGGAGGACGCGUUCAGGCGAAGGGAAGAGGCGCGACGCGCCCGUAUGGGUAUGGCAGACCCGUUCACGCCAGGCAUGCUGCCACCGUCAACCCCUGCCGCUGCCGCUGCUGCCGACGCAACUGCCCAACACGAGUACGACGCAUUCAAUCCCAUUUCCACGACUGGUGGUGGUGCUGGUGGCAGUGGGCGCCACCGCGGCCUCUUUUCCCGGUCGUCCGCAUCGUCGCUGGGGCAGACGGUGUCGGGCCGGCGGCUGCGGCGGCGACGCUCGUCGGUUGCGCUGCUGCCGUUCCCGCUGCCGCAGCAGGAGGACGAGAUUGCGCAGUACGACAGCGACGAGGACGUGAGGGACGCAGAGGCGGUCGUGGCGGAGCUGGCGCGCGAGAUCAGGGCGACGUUUGCGCCUGUGCUGUACACGGGCCAGGCAUACGACCCAAACGACCCCGUGGAACGGUAUGCGCGAUUGCUAAAGGAGGCAAGGCAGCAGGCGAGCAAGCACGCAGCCAACCAACAGCGCGGUGAUGAGAAGAAUGCUAAGACCGCUGAUGGUGGUGGUGGCAGCAGCGGUGAGGGGGCGCGUGGUGACACCGAGUCUCCAGCGUCCCCCAACGGGCAUGCGGGGGCUGCUGCUGCUGCGAACGGCGGUGGCGAUGGGCUGGACGGCGUGGACCUGUUUGCGUCACUGCGUGAUGGCGUGGCGAGUCCGACAGGGGAGGAGGAGGUGCGGGUUGAGACGGGCAUGCGGCGGCUGGAGCAGCAACUGCGACUGCUGCCACGCAUCCUCAACCGCGCACUGGAGGAGUGCGAUGACGACGAUGACGAGCAAAUCCAAUCCGUGCAGGCACGUGUGCAAGAGAUUCGGGAAAAGUACAAAACAAAGCUUGAAGAGAGCAACGAGCGCUUGAAGAAGCUUGGUGCCAUGCCACACGACCUGUCGGAGUUCAACUUUGGGGGACAAGGACAACAGCCGAAAGGGAGGCCGACAACAGCUAAAGCAGCGGCAUCCUUCAUCAACAUGGCUGAUGACGAUGCACAUGAUGAGAACUUCAACAUUCUCUCCACCAUGGGGCUGCUGAGCACCCGCACGGCCAACCCGUUUGCAGACACGGAGUCAGACGCGACGUCGUCAUCAUCGCCACCAUCGUCGUCGCCCCACCGCCGGCACCAGCAGCGGCAAACACCUUCAUCCAGCACAAAGGCAAAGCGCAGCAGUCCUGGUGACCACGCCGCAGACCCAGCGAAGCGACUCAGUGCGCUGCUGGAUGAGCUGGACAUGCUGCACUCGGACACCGCCGUCGCCGUCACGGACACACACGUCUGGACAGCUGGCGAUGGCAGCACGUUCACAGAUUACGAGCUGACGUUCGUAACCGAUGAGUCGUGCUUCCCCGUCUCCAAGUCUGUUGUCCGCCGCGUGUAUGCGGAGAUGGAGUGGCUCGCGUCCCAGCUUGAGGAGAGCACGGGCUUCCCGCUGCCAACGCCGCUGCCGCCACCAGACAGCAGCAGCGACACCUUUGCCGAGUUCUUCACCUCCCUCGCACGUGGUGAUGACUACCAACUGGACCCGGCCCUGCACCGCUUCUUCUUCGCCCCGGACGAGCCUGUUGCUCCAGACCUCCUCCCGUCCACCUUCACCGUCGACUUUGACGACACGGAUCGCGACGACCUUGCCUCCCUCCCCAUCUCCUAUCUCCGCGCCAUCGCUGCUUCAAUUGACGCGAGUACGCGAGGGUGUGUGACGAGUUUCGAGUUCGCAGACCGGAUUCUCGCCAGGCACGCGGGCCUGGACGAGGAAGAGGCCGUGCCGCUCGCCGUGGAGGAGGAUGAGGAUGCCGCGGGCCAGGGGUUCAAGGGGGUUCACCAGGUGGAGGAGGACCUGUUUGACAGCCUGGCGAGCACGCGCGCAAAGGAGAGGCGCCGGUCGAAGCAGGCCCAGGGCGCAGCAGCCGCACGGGGCACAAAGGCGGUGAAGGUGAAGCCAGCAGAAGCAGCGAAGACAGGAGACAAGAAGGGUAAGAAGGGUAAGCAGGGUAAGAAGCAACAGCAACAACAGCAACAACAACAGCAACAACAGCAAGAAGGCCAGCGAGCAGGUGGCACAACAGCAUCAAAGGGUGCACCUUCUGCUGCUGUUGUAGCUGCUGCUUCAAACAAGAAAUCGACAGCGACAACGACCAUCACCGUCACGGAGAGCAAACAGAAGGAUGAAAGUGGUGCGACAGAACACAAACAACAGCAACCAGAGAAGGACCAACAGCAACAGCAAGAGGCACGACAAGCAACGCCCUCACCAACGCAGCAGUCGGCACCUCAGCUGUGCCAGAAGGAUGAAAGCGGAGCCAUUGUCCUGCCCGUCACGGUUCCGGCGUUCCUGUCCGCUCUUGGUCUGAGCGCACACGUGGACACGUUCCUGCAGGCCGGGUUUGACGACCUGCGUGUGGUUGUUUGCAUGCAGGCACAGGAGCUUGAGGAAGUUGGCGUGAGCGACCCCAAGGACGUGGGCACCAUCCUGCGUGCAGGCAUGGAGUGGCAGACGCACGCGGCCAAUGCGCUGCUGCUGAACAACUGGCAGCGGACGCAGCUGCGCGCAAAGGACAAGGACGGGAUGCUUCCGCUCACGAGCGACGACCAGAAGGCAGCAGAGGAGAAGCGGCAGGCAGUGGCCAAACGCGUGGCUGCUGGCAGUCGCAGUGGUAGCACAAGUGUGCUGGCUGGUGUUGGAGGAGGCGGUGGUGGCACGAACACAUCCGACACCACGACAAGCGGUGGUAGUGUUGUUGGUGUUGGUGGUGGUGGGAAGAGCAGCGCACCAAAGUACCGUGUGGAGGGCAACUUCCUUGUUGAUGAGUACGGAAACAUCGACCUCAAGGCCGGUGACGAGGAGGUGAAGAUCAAGUUUGCGAGCUCGAGUGAGUGGGACCCGACGCCGCUGCUGAAAGUGCUGUACGAGAGCCCGCGCCCGGAGGAGCGCAGUGGCGGGAGCGGCGAUGGCGAUGGCGGCAGCAGCAGCAGCGACACCGGCAGCCGCACGGCGUCAACCACGUCUGUGCUUGGCGGUGGUGGGCCCGUGCGCAUCGAAGGGUACCUGGAGAAGCUGCCAAAGGGCACGCACAAGUCGUCUGUGCUGAAGCGGUGGCACCGGCGAUACUUCAAGGCGCGCGAUGGCGAGCUGUUCUACUACGACGAGGAGCGCGCCAAGCGGGCGUCCGGGUUUAUCCGGCUGCGCGGAUCCGAGAUCCGGUACAAGGGCGGAAACCUGCUGGAGAUUUACGACCCGCGCAAGAAGGUGAACAUGGUGCUGCGGGCGUCAUCCACCACGGAGCUUGAAGACUGGAAGCUUGCCCUGGAUGCAGAGGCCACCACGCUGCGGCGGCGCGCGCCAAAGUCUGAGGCGAAGCUGCGCGAGCUGCGAAACACGCUCAUCUUCGACAUUGGCGGCGCGUCUGUGCGCGCAGGGUACGCGGAGACAGGCCUGGCGUGGCCCAGCCUCUACAUGCCGACGUGUGUUGCGGUGAACAAGGCGGACGCGGGCGUGCGCGUGUGCGGCAUUCCGGCCCUGCACCCCGGUGUUCGUGCGUCGUCCAACAUCCGCUACCCGCUGCAGAGCGCAGACACGUUCUCUGACGCGACGAGCAUGGACCUGCUUGACACGCUGUACGGGCACCUGUUUGCGGAGCUCGACGUUGACGCUGGGGAGCGCACGGUGAUCCUGACGGAGCCGCAGUUUAUGACCAAGCGCGACCGCACACGCAUGGCGGAGAUUAUGAUGGAGACAUAUGGCAUCCCUGCGCUAUACAUGAAGCACCAGGGGCUGCUGUCCAUGUACUCGUACGGCGCCACGACGGGCGUGGUUGUGGACGUGGGCCAGCGGUGCGACGUGAUUCCGCUCGACUCGGGGUACAUGAUUGAGCGAGGCGUGACCAAGCUCCGAGUUGGCGGCGGCGAGGUGACGGAGCAGCUGACGCGCAUGAUGAGCGAGCAAGGGCACCGGUUCUUCUCGCCCGUGGAGCGAUACAUUGGGCGGCUGGUCAAGGAACGCGUGGCGUAUGUGGCCAAGGACUACGUUGGUGCGCUGGAGGAUGAAGAGCAAGACCGCAUUGCGCCCGGCAUUGUCGAUGCGCGUCGCUUUGCUGUGCCGGACGGCUCAAAGAAGUUUGAGCUCAAGGGCCCGCGCUUCCGCUGCUCAGAGGGGCUGUUCCAGCCAGACCUCUGGGGCAAGGAUGUGCCUGGGCUGCACCAGGUGGUGGAGAAGGCGAUUAUGGCGAGCAGCAUCGACAUGCGCAAGACGCUGAGCCGCAACAUCUACCUCAGCGGCGGCACCACCAUGCUGCCCGGGUUUGCCGAGCGCCUAGAGACGGAGCUGCAGUACACGCUGCCGGCUGCGUGUGCAGUGAAGGUGCACGCGUCGCCACACCGCCACCACGCCGCGUUCCAGGGCGCAUCUGUUGUGGCGGGGCUGCCCAACUUCUCGUCGCUGUGCGUGUGGAGCGAGGACUGGCAAGAGGUUGGCCCCGAUGUGCUGGGCAAGUUUGACGAGGACAACGUGGCGCCCACCUACGACGACUCGGACGAUGACGACGGGGGCGACUAUAGCGUAGCGUCGCGUGGUGGUGGUGGUGGUAUGCGGUACAUGCCGAGCGGACCUGUUCGUGUCAACUCCAGUGACGAGGAGGAUGACGAUGAUGAUGAUGAUGAUGAUGAUGAUGAUGAUGAUGACGGUGGUGCACCUGCUGCAUUCUCUGCGUUUUCGCGAGCGCGGCACGGUGCUGGUGGCCACGACAGCGACGAUGAUGGUGGUGAUGUGGGUGGCGGUGUCGCGCUUGCACAAGAGCAAGGGUUUGAUGAACCAGAAGAGAUGCAAGGAUACGUUUGAGAAGUGUGGGG